AGAGAUAGCAUCAAAUUAAAAAACUAACUCUCUCGCUCGCUCGGUCUCAUUUUACUCGUCUUAACUCGGUUGAAUCUGACCUUAUUCUUGUUUUUCUCUCUCUCAGUGGUGGUGAAAUCGUCAAGGCGAAGAAGAACUUUGGGGGGAAAAUGAGCAAGGUUUCGAACCUAUCGGAUCUGAUUCAACGAGUGACGGCGUCUUGCUUGCUUCAUCCGCUCUCUGGCAUAGAACGCCGUGAAAAUUUAAGCGACGAUGAGGGAAAAGGCGAUGCGGAGGAAGUGUACGAGUACGAGACCGACGAGCACGAGGAGGAGGAAGAAACCGAUGAAGAUGAUGCACAAAUAGAAGGAGUUCUGGAAAGGAGAAGCGGCGGUAGCAGUACUAGUAGCGGAGGGAAACACAAGAAGGCUUGGCAACCGAGAACGAGGGAGGUUGUGACGGAGAUGGAGAUGACGAUGGGGCAAGUGUUUGAUGCGGUUUCGGCAAUGAAGAAGGCGUACCUGAAAUUACAGGAGGCGCAUUGUCCGUGGGACCCGGAGAAGAUGAGAGUGGCCGAUGCGGCCGUGUUGGCGGAGAUUAGGAGGCUAGGGGUGCUUAGAGAGAGGUUCAGAAGGAAUAUUUUUCCCGGCGGUAACGGAGGAGGAGGGAGAUCUGGCUCCGGCCGGAUGUUGAUGGCGGCUACGACGAUUAAAGAGGUGGUGGCGCCGUAUGAGGCGGCGAUGGAUGAGCUGAAGAGAGAGGUGAAGGCAAGAGAAGUUGAGGUUAAGAAUCUGAAGGAGAAGCUCAUGAGCUUCACCGUCAAUGGCGUUCGGAACGGGAAGAAAGGAAGGUCUAUUUCUAGGAAGAAGGUCGGCUGCAGUCUUGCUCAAGCGCCGCUGUCUACAUCACCGGAACUAUUCGAGGUGACAACGAGCAGAGUAAAUGAUGCAUUAAGGACAUUUACGUCUCUACUCCUCUCGUUGAUGCGCUCCGCUCAUUGGGACAUAGCAGCCGCAGUCCGCUCCAUAGAAUUGGCCUCCGCCGCCGCUGAAAAAGUCACCGGAGCCGUAUCCACUAUAUCCUCCUCCGUCACAACCCAGCACGCCAAGUACGCCCUCGAAUCCUACGUAGCCCGCAAGAUGUUCCAAGGGUUUGAUCACGAGACGUUCUACAUGGACGGAAGCCUCGCAUCGCUCAUCAACCCGGAACAGUUCCGGCGAGACUGCUUCACUCAGUACCGUGACAUGAAGGCCAUGGAACCCACUGAGCUUCUUGGAGUACUGCCCACUUGUCACUUCGGCAAGUUCUGCUCCAAGAAGUACCUUGCCAUUGUUCACCCCAAAAUGGAGGAAUCCUUGUUCGGGGACUUGGAGCAGCACCGCCAGGUCGUGGCUGGAAACCACCCCAGGAGUCAGUUUUACAGCGAGUUCUUGGAGCUGGCCAAAACUGUGUGGCUUCUCCACAUGUUGGCUUUCUCGCUCGACCCGGUUCCCAGUCAGUUCGAGGCUAGUAGAGGAGCCGAGUUUCAUCCUCAGUAUAUGGAGAGCGUCGUUAAAUUUCCUGGUGGGAGGGUUCCACCGGGUCAGGUUGUGGCUUUGCCUGUUAGUCCUGGGUUUAAGCUCUGGAAUGGGUCAGUUAUCAAAGCCCGGGUUUACUUGGUACCAAGGAGUUGAAGAAUGCAGCGUUGGAAUUGUUGUAAGUGAUAUGAUUAAUAUGCCCUACGACUGUUAAUCCAAAAAUGGGCUAUAACAUGUCCUAAGACUUGAUAUGUCUUGUAAUUUUCUAGUAAUGUUUUUCUUAAUGUAAUAGGUGUAGUGUUCAUGCGUAAUGAAAGCCAAAGGAAAUGUUGCAUGUUA